AUGCCGGACGAAUGGAUAGAGAAAGGACUAGUCGCCGAAGCAGCUAGACAACGUCAACUCGAGGACUUCAACUACCGCGCUGGUACGCUAGACUUUGACGGCGUAGAUCCCGAACUGGGGAUGCAUCUGCUCUCACUGCAUUGGAACCGUCAGCAUCAUUCGUUCCUGCUGACGUACCGUCCGGCUUUCAUGAGAGACAUGGCGUGUGGCGGGCCUUACUUCUCGAAGAUACUGCUGAAUGCCAUCUACUUUGGUGCGUCUAAGUUCAGCCCUCGUAGAGAGGUCCGAAGGAACCCCAGCGAUGUGCGGACGGCCGGCUGGGCAUUCCGUGAGCGCGUCCGCAAAUUACUCGGCGAUGCGCUGGAUAGCAGUGAUAUCACCACGAUUCAGGCUCUGCUGGUGAUGACGAACUCGCUGUUUGCACUCGGUGAUGAGAGAAGCGCUGCUUGGUUGUACGCAGGGCUGGCGUUUCGCAUGAUCAUCGACUUGGGUAUGCAUGUCGAUGCGCCGGGCCUUGGUAUCACACGGAAGUUCUCUGAUGAGGAUCUCGAAAUACGGCGAAGGGUAUUCUGGGGGGCAUUUGUUGUCGACAAGAUUCAAAGCCUCUACCAGGGUCGUCCUGCUUCGUUGAAAGAGUCUGACACUUUAGUUCCCAUCAAGUUUCUCGACACCUUCGAAGAGUUCGAGAAUUGGGCGCCCUUCGCCUACUCAGCUCAGAACAACAGCUACCCUGGGUCGCCUGCCUACAGUGUAUCAACUUUCACCCAUCUGUGUAGGCUGUCAGUUGUCAUGAGCGACAUUCUAAGUUGCAUCUAUACGGAGCGAGCUUUUGACAAAAGCCCCCAAGAACUAUCUACGAUGCUUGAGAACCUCAGCUCAAAGCUCGCGGCGUGGAAAGACGCCUUGCCAACCCAUCUAAUAUUCGACCCCAAGAGCAAUACCAAAGUUCCUCCACCGCAUGUGCUCAGCCUACAUGCAAUGUACCAUGUCCUCACAAUCCUCUUACACCGUCCUUUUGUUGCUGACGGCCAUCUCUACAAUACAUCUCGCUCCAUGUCAAUAAACUCCUUCAUUACAUGUGCCUCAGCAGCCGAUAGCAUAGUAAGCGUGCUCCGAGUGUACGACAAGAGCUUCGUCCGUGGACAAGAUUUCACCUCAGUGCCGAUGGAAACGGGACAGCCGGAGACACAACUCCAGGUAACGCCUCAGACUAUGAGUAACCAGCAGCCCGGCGGCGACUUGGCAAGUGGCGUCGGCAACCAGUCAUGGAUUCAGGGGCUACCAGAGGCGGAUGCCGGCGCUGCCUCAUUCGAUGACUUGCUCUUUGGAUUCAAUGGAUCCGCUCUUGAUAGCUUUUUCUGA